UUGUGGAGCAGCUAUCAUUGUUGUUGUCCCACGUUGCAACAAGAAUAAAAGCCGCCCACAGGUCAGCUCAGCUGUCAGUCAAAACACGCGAGCACUCUGAGGAGGACGAGCACCGGCGACCAGCCGCGAGACUAAAGAUGUCUGAGCCAAUAACAUCAACCAGUUCCAAACCGGGGAGCGGAGGUGAGCAGAACGUUGACCUGAACCCCAUCUCAACAUCACACCGUCGGACACAAAAUGUCGAGAACGUCCGUGAGAUCUCAACAUCGGGUGGAGAAGUUGAAGAGAAGCCGCGCACCGACUCGGAACAACCGGAGAGGAUCCGUGCGGUUCCGAUCUACCGCCGUCCGGACCUGCUGCUUCCCUGCGCAGACCUGGUCAACUCCGAGUGGCGGAGGAGCCAGGCCGCCCGGCUUCACUCUCUGCAGAAGUCCUGUCCAGAGUUCCCCGUCUGCCUUGUUCUCCUGCAGGGCCGAGGAGAGACGGAGCGGCUGCUCGGCCACGCCCGGCUGUCCCAGGUCGUGGGUCACGGCGGCAGCCUGUUCGUCGAGUCGGUGGUGGUGUCCAGGGCGGAGCGGGGGAAGGGCCACGGACGCACUCUGAUGGAGGAGACCGAGCGCUACGCCAAAAGCAGAGGGUUCAAGCGCCUGUGCCUGACGACCCACGACAAGCAGCACUUCUACGCCCACCUGGGCUACGCGCUGUCGAUGCCGGUGCAGAACGCAGGCGCCAUGACGGCGUUUGUUCCCAUGGAGACUCUUUUGAGGUUCUCCAGAAUGCCGAGUGAAGAGGCGAACGCGCAGAAACCAGCACGGACGAAGAUGGAAGUGUCUCAAGGAGGUGCUUGUGUCGUGGGGUUACCUCCACCUUCUGGUUUACCUCAUCCGUCCAUCCCUCCUCCACCUCCCUCCAUCCCUCCACCACCACCACCCCUUUCGUCCAUCCCUCCUCCUCCACCCCCUCCCUCCAUCCCUCCUCCUCCUCCUCAGCUUGUAGUUCAGACUCUGACUGAAACUCCCUACAGAGACGCCAAAGGUGUUCCCAUCUAUUGGAUGCACAAAGACAUUUGACAAACACACAAUCCGAUACACUUGGGGAAAGCAUUCUCCCGCAUUCAUUUUAGAUAAUUACAAAAAAAACGUGCACAUUAAUGAAUUGAUCGUGCUUGUAGUGGAGCGCCUGUGGGCUCGGUGGAUCUGCAGUGCAGCAGUGAGUCAAAUAGAAACGGUGGCCAACCUUUACGGAAAUGUGAAUUGUUAAAUCUUGUUUUGAGAUGUUUACGUAAAAGAUGAUUUUGUGACAUUGCAACUAUUUCGGAAACUAAUUCGGGUCCAAAAAGGCAACUUACACAGUUGUGACAGCCUCCAGCUCACUUACACUGAUACUUGGCUUUUCUAGGAGGAGACAUCUUGUGUUCAGCAGUAACGCUUUUGAAAUGAACAAUAUUUGCAUCCUGGAUUUUCCAACGAGGGGAGAAAGAAUUUAAAGAAUGUUUAACUACUUAAUUGAACUCUUUUGUCAGGAGGGGAGCUUUUGAAAGAGGUGGGGUUGUUACAAGGAUGCCGUUUGUUUGGAUGUUUAGGUCGACAGUGAAAGCUUAACAAAGAUAAUUUAGAGAAAAACAUACAACCCAACCAAUGACAUUACUUUUUCCCUUUGAGCAGCUCUGCUCCUGAGAAAUCCAGUCUGUAUCUGCUGCUAUUAAAUAGCAGUUUGUGGUUUGAAUGUGCCUUGUUGAACUGCCAGAGAACUAAAGCCUUAAUAAAGUUCUAAAGACUUCA